AUUCACCAUCCAAGCAAACAAAUUAAUGCGGUUGCUAAACUUAAAAAUUGUUGUCAGAAUUCAUUUAUGAUGCCACUUAAAGCGAAUGUCAGCAAGCCGAACGAAUCCACCAUACGAGUGCCGUUCGAUACGCCGGAGCAUGCCAAGAUUGCCUAUCGAGUGUUGAGUGUGGAUCAGGAACCGCGCCGAAACUUUGUGCAGAAAACGCUGAGUCUGGAGGCCGAUGUGCUUGUUGUCCACUUUAGUGCCGACCAAGUAAAGAAUUUACGUACUGCCAUAACAUCGUUCUUUGAGUGCCUGCUACUGUGCCAGGACACAAUUAAACUGUUCGGCGAACAACCUGAAGCGACACCAAAUAAGAAUGCCGGAACACACUCCAGCGCCGACUCCACAUAGAGCAAUCUAUGGAUUUG